AUGACUAUUACUCAGCAUGAAGAUGCUAUUUUCUCUGCCUACAUUAACUGCAACUCAGCUGGUGCGGAACUCAUUCAUGCCGAAGCAGAUGUAACCCUGGCUGAUAUACUCGAACCAACUUAUGUUCCUCAGAUAGUUUACUCCUUCUUCACUAUGGACAAUGUACUGAAUUACGACGCCUCCAAGCCAUUGCUUUCCAUCAAGGUAACUGAGUUGAUUGACGGUUUAUUCAUCGGGUGUAGUAUUAACCAUGCUGUUUGUGAUGCUACAUCGUUUUGGCAUUUCAUGAACUCAUGGUCUGAAAUAUGCAGAGGUGGCGGCGGUUUAACUAGUCAAAUCUCACAACCUCCUAUUUUCAAACGCCGGUUUUUAGACGGCACAGAGUUCAUGAUUCGCUUUCCUUUCCCUGUCCAUGAGCUUAACACAAAACCAUACUACCCACCUCCAUUGGAAGAAAUAAUUCAUUUCUCACCCGAAACCAUAGCAAAACUCAAAGCCAAGGCCAUCUCCAUGAGUCCCGAGAUUAACGCUCACAAAAUUUCUUCAUUACAAGCUGUGCUAGCACACAUUUGGAUAGCUGUAACCCGAGCUAGACGUUUAGACCCAAAUGAAGAAACUAGUGUCCAGAUAGCAAUUGGUAAUAGACCUAGAAUGAACCCUCCAUUACCUGAAUUCUACUUUGGAAGUUCACUCACGACUGGCACAGCAACAGCUAAAGCUGGGCAGUUGGUGGAUAAAGGUUUAGGGUGGGGAGCAUCAUUAUUAAACCAAGUGAUUGCGUCCUACAAUGUCCAAGGGAUUCAAAGGUACAGGGAGACUUGGUUCAAGAAACCUGACUUGCCGUCUGCUCAUGAUUUGAUAUCAACAACUAAUUUGAGGGUCGGGUCUUCACCUAGAUUCAAUGUUUACGUGAACGAUUUCGGUUGGGGUCGACCACUAGUUAUGCGGUCCGGAAGAAUGUAA